AAAUUAAUAUUUGUUAGUAGUUUUAUAUUUAAAUUAACUAAAAUAGUGUAUCAACUAUUUAUUAAAAAAAUAAUAAUAAAUAGUAUAUCAACUAUUUAUUAAAAACUUUUUUUAUUUAUUGCUCACAUCUUCACAUUAUUUUAGCCAAUCUCCAACAUAUUUCCAAUCAAUAUGGAUGUCAAACCUAGUCAUUGGAUUAAUGGAAUUAGGUUGGCUUAUAUGUCAAAAAUGGAGGGGUGGUUGACAAUGGGUUGGCUACCUUACUAAUGGACUAUCUUCACCUAGGCUCUUUACAAUGCCACAAUAGAAGAAUUGUAUAUAAGUUUGUAGGAUUCUAUAAAUGUGAAGUUCAUUUAUUUGCAAGAAGAUAUUAACUUCCAUUCAUUUAUUUUUGUUGCAACUUAGUUUUACAACCCACCACAUAUCAAAAUUAAAUUGGCCUAUGAUUGGAAUUAGGUUGGCUUAUAUGUCAAAAAUAGAUAAAUAAGAAUCUUCUACUAAAAAUUUAAUUAAAUUCCAUUUUUGGACCAAAUUGUAUAAAAACAAUUAGAAUCCUCCUCAUUUCUAUUUCCCUACAUGCAAGUAUUUUUAUUUUAUUUUUACACUUACUGCAAAUAUACUAAAAUGCUUAAGUUAUUGGAAAUGGAUUGUCUACCUUACUACUCUUCCCAUUUGAAGAAUCAUAUUUGCCAAAUAGCUUGGUUUCUAACAAAAUAUCUGAUUUUGACUUAAAAGCUUAUUUCUAUGUCAAAAUACUCGGCCACUAAUUGCUAAGACCCAAAGGUUCACCAAAGUUUGGUCACGCCUUUGACUUAAGCUUUGAACAGUUUAUUCCCAGAAGUCAGUGGCUGAGGAAUGGUUCGGCUGACAACUUGAGACCACUACUUUGACCAUUUCUUAUCUCCUGAGACUGAUCUUCACGAAGAGGGGAUGAAGAGAAGAAACGAUAACAAGGAUCAACAACUGGGCAACAUGUGGGACGUUGUAGCGUCGUUGGCACACGCUCUCACUGAUGCACGAAACCAGUUGGUGGGCCUCAUACACUACCAGAGGAAAAAAAACUCAAAUGCAUUUAGACAGGUUCAUGGGAAGGAAAGUGGCAUAUCUCGUAGCAGUGAGGUGAGAGAAUGCAUCCCCCGCACCACCAACAGUAUAUUACGCUUUAGGGGAGGCGGUAAUUGUGGCCCAUACUACCAAAGUUUCACAUCAAGCAACCGGAGAGCAAUCGAGCAACAUUGCCAGAAUGAGCCGAACCAUGUUACAUUCGAGAACGAGUCGAAGUUCAAAGCUCUCAUGCCCAGCCAAGGCAAGCCUGGAGCCAACAAAGAGAUCCAAGCCGGGUUAAACGCAAACCCCACGCUCAAUUGCUUGCGAAUCAACAACAGCAGUAACAAAGGUGGCAAUCCUGUGAGCAUUAACUUACACCCGAAGCCAUGUCCAAGCCCACCUCAGCUCGUCUGCUUCAAGGAUGUCAACUGCAGGCCCCCUUCCCCCGAUCGCAAGAGGCACUGCAAAGGCACCCAGUAUGCGGCGUUGCUGAGGGAGGAAGCUUUCCGGAUUCGAGAGCGCAGACUCGCGGAGGAGUAUGUACCAAGUUCCAAACCGAAGUGGACACGCUGUUAACAACAGGAUUAGCAGUGGCAGUUGUAUAACAUGGUUCCUUAGAAAGUACACUCGAAUUUCGAAAGGAUACGACGUGUCCUUGUCGUUAUAUUUUUCAUGAAAGACUGUGAUAGCAUUGUAAUUGACACUCUUUGGGUUCUUGAGAGCAGUGAUAUAGUAUCCCGAAAUCAACCAUUGAAGAAGCAGCUACAAACUGGCUGCAGCAUGCAAAAAGGUAUGUGGCUUGAAACUUCAACAUUGAGUCCCUUAACUUUAUCACAGUAAGUCAGAAUUGUGCAGAGAAUGUGUCAAGUACCAGGGACCUAAAAAUAUGCAAUAUCCACGUCAGGAGAUAUUAGAAUUCACCAAACACUUCCACUACUGCAGAAUGUAAGCCUCAAUACAGCUUCGGAUCAUGUCUGUGGUCUGAUCUACGAAAGGCUCCCAUGACACUUUGUCAUCAAAAAUUGCAUCCCGUCCUUCAUUCAAUGCA